CAAUCAGGCAGUUAGUUCUUGGCACGAGUACAGUAAACGUUUUCUGGAACGUUGCUCUUUGGUCUAGGCUUUGUGAAUGAGCUAUUGCCAAAUCGACACCCUUUAUUCUAAUUUCCGUAUUUCCGGAGUCUGUAGGCGGUGGAGAAAUUGAAUGAAGGGCGUAUAGGAACGUGGGGAUAAAGAGGAAUUAAGGAAGACUCAAAUUGAGAGGAAGAAAAAUCAUGGAGAACGAAGAGGAGGCGACAAAACUGCAAUGGCCUGACGUGUUGGUGAUUGCCGCUUACUUCUUGAUCGUCCUGGCGGUGGGAGUGUGGGCGUCCAGGAGAUCACAGCGCAACACCGCCAGCGGAUAUUUUCUCGCUUCACGUAACAUGUCCUGGAUACCAGUUGGAGCUUCUAUAUUCGCUAGCAACAUUGGAUCUGGGCAUUUCAUUGGUCUGGCCGGUGCUGGGGCGGCCUCGGGCAUUGCAGUGGGCGGGUACGAGCAAGGAGCAUCGUACUUGCUCGUGGCCCUGGGAUGGCUGUUCGUCCCAGUGUACCUGAGUUCGGGCGUGUACACCAUGCCGGAUUACCUGAAGCAGAGGUUCGGCGGAGACAGGAUCAGCGUGUACAUGUCCUGCCUCUCGCUCGCACUGGCGGUCUUCACCAAGAUCUCGGCCGACCUGUACGCCGGGGCGCUCUUCAUGCAGAUGUCUCUGAACAAAAGCUCCGAAGAAUGGCUGUACAUAAGCAUCCUGAUUCUGCUAGGAAUCGCUGCACUUUUCACGGUGGCAGGUGGACUGACGGCCGUCGUGUGGACCGACCUUGUUCAGACGGUGCUAAUGGUCCUUGGGGCCUUAGUCCUUAUGGUAAAAGCCAUGAUCGCUGUGGGUGGCUACGAGGGUCUGGUGGAUAACUACCCUUACGCCACUGCUUCGGAACGAGCGAGGAACCACCUGAACGAGUCCUGUGGAGAACCGCCGAGUGAUUUCAUGCACCUGCUCAGAACGCUUGAACCUGGGAAGUCCAAUUACCCUUGGGUUGGGAUGACCCUGGGACUGGGCAUCCUCGAGCUGUGGUACUGGUGUAUGGACCAGGUGAUGGUGCAAAGGACGCUGGCCAGCAGGAACGUGGUCCACGCGAAGGGCGGUUGCCUCCUGGCCGCCUACCUCAAGUUCCUGCCGAUGUUCCUGAUCGUGUUUCCCGGGAUGGCGGCCAGGAUCCUGUACCCGGACCGAGUGGCCUGCGCUUCUCCGGAGACCUGUACCCGGAUCUGUGGCAGCGAGAGGGGGUGCUUCAACAUAGCCUACAUUGAGCUGGUGCUGAACCUCCUGCCCGUUGGCGUACGGGGACUGAUGCUGGCUGUUAUGAUGGCGGCUCUCAUGUCCUCGCUCACCUCCGUGUUCAACUCCGCCUCCACCAUCUUCACCAUGGACGUCUGGCUCCAUCUGCGGCGGAUGUGCAGGAGGCGCGGGCGGGAGGGAGGGAGGCUCUCGGCCCCUCCGUCAGACGUGGAGCUGGUCGUCGUCGCCAGGAUCUUCGUGGCGGCCAUGGUGGGCAUCAGCGUGGUCUGGAUUCCGGUCAUUCAGAACAACGCCACAUCUGAACUCUUCGAUUACAUAAACACCAUCAAUUCCUUCCUGGCGCCUCCUAUCUGCGCCGUGUACCUGUCGGCACUCUUCUGGAACCGCACAACAGAAGCUGGCGCCUUCUGGGGUCUCAUGUUUGGCCUGGCUCUUGGGGUUUUCCGUUUCGCCCUCGAGUUCACAUACACUCCACCACCUUGCGGUUUAGAUGCGAAUUACGCGGAACCAGCGAUCAUCACCACCUUCCUGAGACGUCUUCACUACCUCCAUUUCUGCUGCCUGCUGUUUUUCCUCACAAUACUGGUUAUCUUCUGUGUGUCACUUACCACGCCGCCUCGGCCAAAAGACUACUUGUAUCGCCUAACCUUCUGGAGUCGCCACGACCCCCGCGUCAGAAAUAUAGUGAAAGGAGACGACGACCACUUCGGCCAGGAGACAGCAGGCGACCAGACCUACUCCAUGGCGACGCACGAGACGGACGAGAAACCCUGCUGGCAGCGAGUUCUGUGUGGUGCCCCAGCCAAGGGCAAGGAGAACACAGGGGCGCCGCCAGUGCUUGAUGAGGAGGAGCAGGCGAAGGAGGCGGUGAAGAUCAUCGACGAACCUCCAUCCUGGAAACGAAUGCUUGACAUUAACGCCGUCACCUGCCUGGCUCUCUGCACUUUCGUUUAUGGAUACUAUGCUUGAUCAAGACUGGCCCUGAACGAAACAAUCCUGAACGAAACAAUGUUAAUUAUAAAAGAUAAUGACUUUAUAAUUAGUACUGUUAGAUAUGAAUAUAUUAGAGUUAGAGAUAAAGGGAUGAUUCGGCAGUUAAGUGAAAAGAACCGAGACAGAUUGUUGAUUUUUUUUUAUAAAUAUUAUAAAACGGAAA